AAACUAUAGGUUUGUUUUCCGUUUCUGUGGUUGUUUUGAUGUUUCUUUGGAGAAUAUUUAUUUUGAAAUUGAAGUUUUAAAUCCCGUAGAAUCCGUUGAAUACCUUCCAUAUUAAAAAGGCACAUUGAUACAAUGAUAUUUUCAAUUACAAAAUGUAGCACCGGGGAGGUCAUUUACUUAGAAAAGAAAAAGGAAUAUGUUGUUGGAAGGAAAAAUUGUGACAUAUUAUUACAAAAUGACCAAUCUAUUAGUAGGCAACAUGCCAUAUUACAAGUUAAGGAUGAUAAAGUAACUGUUAAAGAUUGCAAUUCUAAAUAUCAUACACUUCUUAAUGGCAAUCAGAUGAAGCCUGAAACUGAAGUUGAAAUAAAAAAUAUGGACACAAUUCAGUUUGGAAUUUAUGAAAACAAAUUUCGAUUUGAGUGUUACAAAAUGUUAGUGGCCGCUAGCUCCUUAAACACAGAGAGCAAAGUAGCUCUGAAAAGCGCUCUACAAAAAUGUGCUGCAAAAUAUACAGAUAAUUGGUCAGAACAUUGUACCCACUUAACGGUUGAUAAACUUACAUUAACGCCUAAAGUACUUCAUGCCCUCAUAGAUGGAAAACCCAUUGUUACUUUAAAAUAUUGGUUUGAUUAUGCCAGUAGUUUGGAACAAAAAACACCAUUGCCUGAUAUAGAAAACUAUAAAGAUCCCCCGAUGGGUGAACAGUUACUAAGUUCGGAUUUUUCUUUUAAAUAUGACCCACGGAGAAAUACAUUAUUUGAAAAUAAAGCGUUUAUAUUUCUUAGUCUUAGUAUUAAGAAUCAAAUGCAGGAAGUUAUUAGGAAAUGUGGAGGUACUUGCAUUGCCUGGGAAACUGAACCAAAAACUAUUUUUGAAAUGAACACUAGUGACAUUGAGUAUUUAGUUGUUAGAGUAGAUAUUGCCGAUGAAGAAAAUGAAUCAUUUAGAAAUUUAAUAAAAGAGUAUGUCAAAGAUAAAAGAGCCAUUCCACUAGCAGAAAUACCAUUGGCAAUAGUGUAUUGUUCUUGUGAGGUUAAUUGCAACCCUUCUUUCAAUAAAGCAUCCCAGGUAUUUCAUCGUCAAACUCAAAGGUAUCCAAAAAAAGAUGUACUAGUUCCAGAGACAGAAACUAUGAAUUUGUUAGGACCAAAUACAGAGAAGGUUAUACCUCCAAGUCUUGGGGAAAACUUAAUGGAUGUGGAACUAGUUACAAUGAAAUCACAAGAUGAUGUAGGAAAAAGUAGUAAACGUGGAAAUAUCGAAGAGUCAUUUCAAGAAAGAGAAGCUAAAAAGAUAAAGUUGGACCAGAGUAAAAAAAAACAAAAGGACUUUAAACAGCCUACAAUUGAUUCGUUUAUUGGACGAAAAUCAUCUUCAACUUCAAUGGAUAGCAAUGAUUCUAGCGUAAAAGAAGAUUUGAAAAAACCAGAAACUGGAACUCAGAAACGUAAAGCGUUAGACGAACCUGAUACAGCGCCUUGCCUAAAACCUAACCCGUUCAGUUUAAUAAAAUCCUCGGCUAAAAGAUAUAAAUCUGAAGAAGAGCACAACCCGUUUCAAUCCGGCCGUUCAAAAGCUGACAUUUCAAAAACAUCAGAUAAUCCGUUCACUCACAUUAAGUUAAAUAGUACCAGAAAUACGAGCUCUUUUAAGGAUAAUCAUGAAAAAGAAAAUGUGUUCCAGAAAGUACCGUUUAAAAACGAACCUGGACCACUGGCUUCGAAAACAAGUGACAUUUCAGACCAUUCUACAAGCAAACGUACAGUUAGCCUUUGCAAUUCUAGUUGGUUAUCAAAGAAUUCUAUAAAAACGGAAGUAGUGGUUAAAAUAGAAGAUCCAGAAAUAGAGAAGUAUAUUGAGGCAUUCAAAAACUGUGUCAAGAUUGAGACUCUGCCUGUUUUCGAGAGGACUAUCGAGUUGUCAGUGACGAUUCAAAACGAUGGAGUCAAAAAUUUUAAGAAGUUUAAAAAGUGUCAACCUCUAAGGCCCCAAGUAACCAUUUACAGUAGAAAUCAACUAAGAAGAAUCAGCAUUGGAGAUGUCACUGGCCUUGACGUAAAUCAAGAAGAAAACUCCGAUGGGGAACAACCGCAAGGAACAAAGGACUCUUUGAAAUCUAGUGCGCCAAGUAAAGCGAAGCCACGAGGAAAGAGAUUCAUGUUACUAUAAGUUAAGUUACAACCCAUAUUUUAUUUUGUUUUGUUUAUUAUUCAUAUUCUGUAUAUGUCAUGUAUGAAUAUAUAGAUUUUUAUUUAAA